AUGUCAGGCUCUAUACGUUGGUAUUCUGUGAAACCAAUCAUUCCAAAACCUCAAUUGCUUCUGCUUAAAGUGGGUAAGAUCUUGGAGUGUCGGAAACAUGAAGAUGCCGAUCUGCUUUAUGUAUCACGAGUUGAAACGGGAGACGUUCUAGAAUCCAAGAUUCUUCAAGUGUGUUCUGGCUUGGUUAAUUAUGUUCCAAUAAGUCAAAUGCAAGGACGUGAAGUGGUUGUGUUGACCAACUUGAAGGCAGCCAAGAUGCGUGGCAUUAAAUCUGAAGCCAUGUUGCUCGCAGCUGAACGUCCAAAGGACGAAGGAGCAAAAUUUGAAGUAGAGUUGGUAUCUCCUCCGCUUGAUAGUAAAAUUGGUGAUGUUCUACAAUUUGUUCCAUUUACUACUGAGGGCCCAUCAAAGACGUUGAAGAAACUGAUUUGGCAACAGCUCCAACCUCAAUUGAAGACAAACAGCAAAGGAGAGGUGGUUUACGUUGAAGAAGAUGGAACGCAAAGAGUCUUGAAGAGUAAAGAUGAUGGCGAAGGAGCAUUUGUCAAGUCUCUCUUCAAUGCCACAGUCAGAUAA